AAAAUAAAAAGACCGUUAUCAAGACACAAAGCGUAGAGAGGAAGCCAGCAAAACACACAUCCCUAGCUGAGUCCACCUUAGUGAAUGCCUUUGUAAUUUUAUUUAUCGCAGGGAACAGUUCCAAGAGUUUAUUUGUGCUUGUGUUAGUAAGUGGACACAAAAAAGUGUACUCAAGGGGGUCAAACAAGAUUUAAAAUGAAUUGGCCAGUCAUCCCCGGAGUGUAAAUCAAAUAGCACGUAUUUACUUACCUUAGUGAACGCAGCCCAUUCGCUGUAGCCGCAUCAUCCUAAUUUCACAAUGAAAGUCACGAUUACAACCCUAAACGACGAAAUCUUCGUUUUAGACGUUUCGGAAGAUUUGGAGUUGGAAAAUUUUAAAGCGUUUUGUGAGAUUGAGUCCGGGUUCCCUGCGAAAGAUUUUAUAUUGAAUUACAACGGCAAGCCGCUUCUGGAAGAUAAGAAAUCUCUGAAAGAGCACGGCGUCCGCGAUGGAGACGUGAUCGUGCUUCUGCAUAUGAUGCAGACAGCCUCCAACCUCAACCAGACUGAUUCCAGCCAAGCUUUGCCUACAGGGUUAGCUAACUUAGACUUCAGUGGCAUCAGAGUCCCUCCGGGCGCAGCAAGCACCUCAAUGGCGGCUAGGAACCCACCCGUGGAGGAGGACCCUCGCAUCAUCAGGGAGAUGUUUUUAGCCAACCCGGACCAGCUUGCUCUGCUCAAGCAGAACAACCCAAGAUUAGCCGAUGCGCUCCUCAGCGGCAACUUAGAUACAUUUGCUUCUGUGCUUCGUGAACAAAUCUUAGCUAGAACGGAACGCCAGCAACAGCGUAUAAGGAUGAUGAAUUCAGAUCCAUUUGAUACAGAAGCGCAGCGAAUGAUUGCUGAGGAGAUCCGUCAGAAAAACAUCGAGGCUAACAUGGAGGCGGCCAUGGAGUACAACCCGGAAACGUUCGGCACGGUGGUCAUGCUGUACAUCAACUGUCAUGUUAAUGGAUUCCCAGUAAAGGCAUUCAUCGAUUCCGGCGCUCAGACCACGAUCAUGUCAGCAGCCUGCGCCGAGCGAUGCAACAUUAUGCGACUGGUGGAUACUAGAUGGGCAGGUAUAGCCAAAGGGGUCGGUGUGCAGAGGAUCAUCGGGCGUAUCCACAUGGUGCAGAUGAGGAUCGAGAAGGACUUCCUCACCACAUCGUUCUCCGUGCUCGAGGAACAGCCGAUGGAUAUGCUCCUCGGUUUGGACAUGCUCAAACGACAUCAGUGCAACAUUGACUUAAAACGCAACGUGCUCCGUAUCGGCACGACCGGUACCGAGACCCCAUUCCUGCCCGAGUCCGAGUUGCCCGAGUGCGCCCGGCUCUCGGGCUACUCCGAGGACGAGAUCGUCAACCAGUCCAUGCGAGACCACGAGGAAAGGCAGGUCAAGGAAGCCAUGGAGAAGUCCAAACAAGGUGGGCGACCAAAAAACAAAUAAAACGUACCAAAUCAAAUUGUGCCGAUGUCUUUUUUUGCACCGUAAAAAAUAGUAACGUUUUAUUUUCUAAAAACAAUAAAAAUCGUAAAACUAA